AUGCGAUUUUGGGAGAAGAUAAGAAACGGCACCUUGCCAAUUACUAGGAGUCGUGGGAGAUUCUGGGAUAUGCAUCAAUAUUACUGUCUUUUCAACGCCACUCGUGUACCAGAAUUCCCUAUCGAUCGAAUUUAUCGUUAUUUCAAAACCGAAGCUCGAAUGCAGUGGGCAGACAAAUCUUGGAACAUAAUCGUGUGCAAGGACGGUCAGGUUCUUCUGCAAGGCGAUGUAGGCUUUUUUUCUUGUUUUCUCAUCUUCAUUAAACAAUCGUUCCGGGUGAAUUUGGUUAGGUUUGAAGGCUACGGCAAUGACUUGGCGCGGAAGUUAAAUCUCUAUAUGGACACGGUGGUGCAAAUUGCACUGCAAUUGGCAUUUUUGAGAACUCACGGCAGUUUCGCACCUAUCUACGAAACUGCUUCCACGAGAAAGUUCUAUCACGGACGAACAGAAACAGUACGAGGAUGCACGCACGAAAUGGUAGCAUUCGGCCAGGCGAUUAUCGAUGGACAGAGCAAAGAAGAGCAGCAACAGCUGUUUUUUGCAGCAUACGAAGCACACAACAAACUUAUGGACGACUGCAUGGAUGGAAGAGGCAUCGACCGACAUUUGUACGGUCUUCGAAAAACUUUGGAGAAUUUCCGAAUUAGAGGAUCCUUAAACAUCGAGACACCGGAAAUUUUCACUGACGAGGCUUGGAAAGUCUCUGGCGGUGACGGGAACUACCUCCUUUCCACAAGUUUCUCCGGUUACAUGGCUGAUGAUGAAGUAGGCUUCUACGGUUUCGUGACAGCUAUGCGUCCUGACGGCUACGGCACAUUUUAUCGAAUUGGUAGAAAUAGUGUACAACUGGUGAUCACCGAUUGGUGCCAAUCAAAGUCUAAUCUGAGCGCUUAUGGAGAAAACAUUAAAUGGUCUCUUACAAAACUAGGAUCUUUAUUCACAUAUCGCGCCAAAUUAUGA